GGUUGCUGGAACGGCCGGUACUGCCCCCUUCAGUGGCCAUUGAUACAGCCAACUACAAGAUCUUCGUGUCCGGGAAGAGUGGUGUGGGCAAGACGGCAUUGGUGGCAAAGCUGGCAGGCCUGGAAGUUCCUGUAGUGCACCAUGAGACGACUGGUAUUCAGACCACUGUGGUGUUUUGGCCAGCCAAGCUAAGGGCCAGCGACCGUGUGGUCAUGUUCCGCUUUGAGUUCUGGGACUGUGGCGAGGCCGCCCUCAAGAAGUUUGAUCACAUGCUGCCGGCUUGCAAAGAGAAUGCAGAUGCCUUCCUGUUCCUCUUCUCUUUUACUGACCGCGCCUCCUUCGAAGACCUUCCUGGACAGUUGACCCGAGUAGCCAGUGAGGCUCCUGGGGUCGUCAAAAUGGUCAUUGGCUCCAAGUUUGACCAGUACAUGCACACAGACGUGCCAGAGCGAGACCUCACAGCCUUCCGGCAGGCCUGGGAACUGCCCUUGCUGCGGGUGAAGAGUGUACCAGGGCGGCGGCUGGCAGAUGGGCGUACACUGGACGGGCGAGCUGGGCUGGCUGACAUUGCCCAUGUGCUCAAUGGCCUUGCAGAACAAUUGUGGCACCAGGACCAGGUGGUGGCCGGCCUGCUCCCCAGUUCCCCAGAGAAUACCCCUGGCUGAAGGGUGACGGCAUCCCGAGUAGGGACAAGGACUGAUGAUCCUUACACCCAUCCCUUGGGUGAUUUUGGACAGAUGAUGGAACCUAGGGCUAAUGCAAGGACCCUGUUCUGUCCUCAGAACCUUCCAGGGAGGGCACUCACCUGGUGGUAAGGUGGGGACACAAGCUCCAGAGCUGAAAGGUCUCCUAGCCCCCCCACCCCUCACCCUUCUGCAGCACCCACCGAGGGUAUGGUAGGGGGGGACACCUCAGAAGGACCCUGGACCUCUCUUGACUUUGGCCAGGAGCUUUAUUGGUUCAAGUAACACCAUUUGCUCUAACAGAUAAACUCUAGAAUCUCAGUGGCUGAA